AUGCAGUCAGCAGGCAACUACGAAGACAUGCCUUUGCACGUACGCGAGACGACGCACUCGACAGAAGAACAGGAAAAUCUCAUCGCCGCUUUCCAGCUUACACUUACCAAGCGCGAUGAAGAAAUCGCAGAGCAUCGCGCCGAGUACACCAAGGUUCAGUCCAAGAAUCGCAAGCUCAAGUAUAUCAUCGCAGAGCAGAUCACGAAGAUUGGAGAACAAGACAAGACUAUUGGAGAACAAGAGAAGACCAUCGGCGAGCAGAGCAAGAAGAUUGAAGAGCAAGACAAGACAAUUGCGACGAAAGAGUACUCAUUGAACUGGAAGACCAAGCUCAUUACUCGCGCCAUUGACGAGUACCUUAAACCUCACUCGUAUGCGACUGGGGAGAGCAUAGACAUAUUCAGCCCGGAAUCGUUCUGCAAUACCCUGGCCUCCCUGGCUCGAGAAGCUGCAGAACGCGGCCCUAUGCAAGAUCAGAUCUCGUCGCUACAGAAGGAGUUGCUCGGACGAGUCGAGAAGGUACACGCUGCAUCUGACGACGAUUUCACGCAGGAAUUCCGCGUAAUUGCUUCACUCGUCAAGACCUUGAGCCGCACCGUUCGCGCCGUGAGCGAACUCGAUGUUGCGGACGCCCUUGGAACUGGCUGUCUUCAACAGAAUGUAUCUCACCACCAUUGGACCAGCCGAGCAAGGAAGAAGCAGUUUGUUGAAGCUUGGGUCUGGUCCAUCCUCAUCGACGACAUCUUUCGUACACCUUUCUCGAUCUUUGGUGCAGACUGCGAAGUACUGAGCACAGCCUGGCAGAACAUGUACGUGACCGAUCAUGUCAACGGCUGGCCAAACCCGACUUCGCUUUCAGAGAACUGGCGCUGCGCAACGAUGGAGAGCAUGUUCGCCUUGGUCGAUCGAGAAGCGAUCACUCACGGAAAGAUGAAUGAAGUGCCCAAGCAACUGGAACCCGCCGUCAUUGCCACACGCAACAAGAUCCAGACCACUAUCGAGAACGGCCUUAAGAAGAUCUCUUCCGAUCCCGAUGUCUCGCAAGUGGGCAACAUCGUCAACAAAGCAUUCGCGUUGGCCGCACAUAUGUCACUCCAGAAGUCCCGUCUCCAGGUCACAUAUCCCAAAGUAGGAGACACAUUCGCAGCAGAGUCCAUGAACUAUAUCCCGGAUCCUGAUGGCGAAGACAUCGACGAGGGCGUAGUGGCGUUCACUGUCAAUCCAGGCUUGACCAAAUGGGGUGACACCCACGGUAAAAACCUCGAUCACCGUUACGACAUCGUCGCAUCUCUGGUACAACUCGAAAAGGCCAAGGAGAAGUUCAUGGAAAGGAAGACUGAACACGACUAUGUCGACAUGUUUAGAGAGAGCUUCAGGGUCGCGCUCCCUCGGUUCGAGGACUUGGAAGCUCUCAGGCGCGACCGUGAGAGCCAGCGUUGA